CGAGGAACGCGGGCGUGCGCGUGCGCGAGGGUGUCCGAGGGAAGCCGAGGCUAGGUUCGCGAGUGUCUGAGGGAAGCGUGCGUGCGCAUGCGCGACCGUGUCUGAGGGAAGCUGAGGAGAGAAAAAGGGGGAGAGUUUUGUAUGCUUGCAAGGAAUAGAGAGUAGACAACAAAACAUGAUCAAAUUUUUUCUGAUGGUGAAUAAACAAGGCCAAACAAGGCUCUCUCGUUAUUAUGAAUACAUGGACCUUCAUAAACGGACAAUAUUGGAAACAGAAGUAAUCAAGCAAUGCCUUUCCCGUUCAAAGGAACAGUGUUCCUUCAUUGAGUACAAAGAUUUUAAGCUGGUAUACAGGCAAUAUGCUGCUCUUUUCAUAGUGGUUGGAAUUAAUGAGACUGAGAAUGAAAUGGCUGUAUAUGAAUUGAUUCAUAAUUUUGUUGAGGUUUUGGACAAGUAUUUCAGCAGAGUGAGCGAAUUAGAUAUCAUGUUCAAAUUAGACAGAGUACACAUAAUUUUGGAUGAAAUGGUUCUAAACGGUUGCAUUGUAGAAACUAACAAAACAAGAAUUCUUGCACCUCUACUUGUUCUUGACAAAAUGGCUGAAAGUUAGCAAGACUACGGCAGCGAAGCAUACCACAUUCUUCAGACACAAAGAAGAAUUAACUCUUUGGGACUCCAGUAAUUUUUGUCCACAUUGUGGAUUUUUUUCCAUGUCAGGAGCGACUUGAGAAACUGCAAGUCGCUUCUGGUGUGAGACAAUUGGCUGUCUGCAAGGAUGUUGCCCAGGGGCGCCCGGAUAUUUUGAUGUUUUACUAUUCUUGUGGGAGGCUUCUCUCAUGGGGAGCUGGAGCGGACAGAGGAAGCUCAUCCAUGCUCUCCCCAGAUUCGAGCCUCUGACCUGAUGGUCUUCAGUCGUGCCAGCACAAGAUUUUAACCCAUUGUGCCACCAGAGGAUCCUGUGAUAUGAAUUGACUCUAUUUAGUUUAAAAGUAUCUACCCAGUGCUCUCUCCCUGUGAAAAUAUGUACUAUUUUAAAUAUAACAAAAGUAUAGCAUGUAUAUUUUGUGUUUUCUGUAAUUCCGUUAAGGUAAGAAAUAAAUCUUUAUAUUUCUAAA